AUGGCCACCUUCAAUGAAAAGAAGACCUGUGGCCAGCGCAUGGAGGCAUUCAAACGCUUUGUUUGGAAUCCAGAAACUAAAGAAUUGAUGGGGAGAACACCUAAAAACUGGGUUUUCAUCAUCCUGUAUUAUGCAGCCUUCUAUGUUGUGAUAUGUGCGCUGUUUGCUCUGUCCCUGUUUGUGCUGUUGUACACAACAGACCCAUACACACCAACUUAUCAAGACAGACUCAAAGCACCAGGUGUGACGAUACAACCGCAACCAAGAGAUCUCAAGAUCACCUUUAAUAUCUCAGAUCCAAAGUCCUGGCACAGUUACGUCAAUGACCUUCAACAUUUCCUUUCAGCUUAUAAUGAAUCAGUCCAGGAAAAAGUUAAUCAAAACUGCACCAGUGGUAACUAUACCUUCCAGGGAGGAUAUGGCCCUAAUUCCAAGUUUGCCUGCCGAUUCAUCCGAAACACGCUGGACAACUGCUCUGGACUGGAAGAUCCUACUUUUGGAUACAAGGCCGGUCAGCCUUGCAUCUUAAUCCGAAUGAACAGGAUUAUCAAUUACUUGCCUGGAAAUGGAACUGCCCCAUAUGUAACUUGUGCUGUUCUGCAUGCCUACCCCGAGAAUAUUGGAAAAGUGGUAUUUUACCCUGAAAAUGGCACUUUUGACUUGUCUUAUUUCCCUUACUACGGCAGGCAGCCACAGCCAACCUACAUCAAUCCACUGGUGGCAGUUAAAUUCCUGACACUGAAAAGGAACAGGAUAUUUGAAAUUCAGUGUAAGAUUAAUGCACCAGGAAUGAUCAACGACAACCCCUAUGAAAGAUUCGAAGGACGAGUGAUCUUCACACUGGAUAUCAAAAAAUGAACGUGAUCUAAAGGGGGAAGUCUCGGGUGAUGUGAAUGUGUUUUGUAUAUAUUUAUACCAUUCCGCAUUCUGAACAAGUUUUUAGACAAGGUUUUAGAAAUUUACCUUAAUGCAUUACAUCUUCACUUCUAUCUAUGAUGUAUUCUUCGGCACCUGAUCUGUAUAACCAUGACGAUUAUUGAAUGUGCUAAGCGGUCUGGAUUAUCAUUGGCAAAUCCCUAUUAUAAGAGGUCAGUAUUUAACUGCAGGGCUGUUAAUCCUGUGAGUGACACUGUGGUGGAUAUUAUUUUUUAAACCUCACACAGGCCCUCUUCCUUUCCUACUACGUCUCCUCAUAACUGUAUGCCUUUUAAUUUUUCUUUUCCAUUCACCUAUCCAUACCCCAAUGCCUGCCCUCCUUACCAACUUCUCCCUUUCCUCACUCUCCACCUUCUUCCCUCCCCACUUCUUCCACCCUCUCUGUCAUUCUUCCAUCACUCACAUUGUCCAGCUCUCCUCUUUUCCAUUCCUUUCUCCCUUUCACCUUCCUACCUCACUAGGACCAGCUUCUAGUUCCUCUUUUGACAUAAAUAUCAUCGCUUUUUAGUUUGCUUGACUAUUUCUCUUUGCACCUCCUAUUACUGAAUCUCUCCUAAGUAGUAAAGAAUUAACAGUAACAAGCAAUAUGCCAGAGGAAUUCAGCAAGUCGAGCAGCAUCUGUGAAGCGAAAGGAAUCUUCAAGGUUUCAGGUGGAAACCCUACAUCAUUCCAAUGUUGUUCAGCCCUCUGAAUUCCUGCAAGUAGCUUGUUGCUUCAGGUUUCAGUAUCUGCUGUCUCAUAUAUUUCCAUAAAGAAUUGUCCACCCCUUUUAGUACUUCUGUGGCUGUUGUUUUAACUAUUAGUCAUUUCUUACUGAUUUAGAGAACUGGCAUUGAAAGAAUUCACUCAGCUCGUGUGCCUGUUUAUGACUGGUGAAACUAAAUUUAAAUGGCACCAUUAAUGUGGGAAACCACUGCUCUUACAUCUUUUCCCAUUCCAUUUAAUAAGUAUCCAGGUCAUUUUCAUGCAAAGCCUGUAUUGUGCUGCCGUUCUGCCACUCUUGGUGAGGUAAGCCAUAAAGUUCAUUCUGUGCCUUCUUGUCAUACUCCUAAAGGCCUAACAGGGAACACAGUGCUACCUCCUUACUCUUAGCCCCAUCGAACUCUCCACUCACUCUGCCCCACCCAACACUCUGCAUCUCUUUCUGCUCCUGUUGGUCGAUUGGCCCAUUCCAUACCUUCCUCCUAAAUAGCUUUCCACUCAUGAGCCAGGUCCUUGUUACCCAUGAGUUUACUGGGGAAUAUUGCAACAGUACCACCUGACCAAUACAUCUCCAUUAAACACAGUCAUGUUUUUCUGUAUCCAUAGCCUAUCCCCUCCAAAUUCCAUUUCCCUUUCUCCUCUUAAAGCAACCACUUAAUUUACAUUUACAUCUGUGUUUCAAAAUAUGCUCAAGCCUUGGCUUUCCAUUUGCCAGGAAUCUUCUGCAGCUACCCGUCAGAAUCAUUUCAUACAUGUUUCAUGUUCUUGCCCUCAUUAAAAUAAUUGCUUUUAUUCAGCCUGGCAUGUCUGGUACUGACUCCAAUGGUUAUGGAAGAGAAGAGGUGUUGAAUUUAGCCGCCCAGUCUGGUGGACCAUGUGUGGCAAUAUUGUUACCAUCUUUCAAAGGUGCUCACUAAUCCACGAUCAUCCCGAAACACAGAGAUAUACAUGGCUUCUGUCCUCUGGUGCAAACCGUAUGUUUCCACAAUGUUCAUGUCAAGGGUGAGGAGCUGGUCAAUUUUUCAUCAUUGGCUAUGUUGUUGACAAGGUAGUCCUCUCCUGUUCAACUGAGACAAAUUAUGUCCUAACGCCGUCACACAAUCCUUUUGUUUCUCAUUUCUGUCUCCUCAUAUUCUCUUUCAGCUAAGUUCAGGCCUUCCACACUGGGCCAUUUCAAGCAAGGUUCCCAUCUAAACUAGUCCCAUUUGACUGCAUUUGGCCCAUAUCCUUCUAAAUCUUUCCAAUGCAUUCACCUGUCCAAGUGUCUUUUAAAUGUUGUUAAUGUACCUGCUUCAAACACCUCCUCUGGCAGCUUGUUCCAUAUAUGGCCCACCCCCUGGGUGAAAAUAUUACCCCUUAGUUUCUUAUUAAAUCUCUCUCCCCUGUCCCUAAAUGUAUGCCCUCCAGUUUUUGAUUUUCCAACUCUGGCAGAAAGACCCUGUCUAUGCCCUUGAUUUUAUGCAGCUCUAUACGAUCACUCCUCAUUCUCCUACACACUGGUGAAUGAAGCCCUAGCUUGCUCACCUCUUCCUUUAAUUGUGGACUGGAGAACCUCUUCCUUUUAUAACUCAGUCCUUGAGUCUGGGCAACAUUGUCAUAAAUUUCCUCUGCACUCUUCCCAGCUUUGUGGCAUCUUUGCUAUAGCAGGGAGACCAAAGCCAAACAAUAUACUGUAUACCAAAUGCAGCUUCUGCAGUGUCCCGUUCAUUUUGUUCCCACAGUCUGACUCCUGAUCAUCCUUUACUGACUUCUCAUUAGCUGUAUUGUUAGUAGGUCUCUCUCCUCUAACCUAUAACCUCCUCCAAAUCUGCUGCCAAGCCUUAAACUGUCCUUGCACCCUUCCCCCAAACUUCUCUCCAUUUCCAAUUUUUCAAUAAUUUUUCACGUCCAGCUUUCCCAGGGCUCCUUACCUAACAGCCAGAGUGUCGUACAGCUGGAAGUCAGCCCCUCGGUCCAAUUCAUCCAUGCCAACUGUGUUGCCCAGUGAGCUAGUGGCAUCUGCCCACAUUUGGCCCAUAGCACUCUAAACCUCUCAUAUCUAGAAGACUUUAAAAUGUUGUUAAUGUACCUGCCUCAACUACUAAUCUGGCAGCUCCUUCCAAAUAUACACUGCUUGUUGCCUGCAGCAGCUUCCCCGAUAUCCCUUUUAAAUCUUGCGCCUCUGCCUUUAACCCCAUGUCCUCUUGUUUUUAGCACACUCUCCUUGGGAAAAAUAUUUCAUCCUGUCUAUGUCCCUCAUAAUCUUAAAUACCUGUGGCAGCCUAUUCUUCAAUCUCUACAUCCCAGGGAAUGAAGUACAAGUCUAUGCAACCUCUCCCCAGAUCCAGGCAACAUCCUGGUAGAUUAUUCCUGCAUUCUUUAUAGUUUAGAAACAUCUGCCCUAUAACAGAAUGGUCAAACUGUACACAAUACACCAAGCGUGGCCUCACCAAUGGCUUAUAUAACUACAACGUAACUUCCCAACUCCUGUACAAAAUGCCUUGACUGGUGAAGGCCAGCAUGUGAUGCUGCUAUCAGCAAGCUGCUGUAUGUAUUUGCAUUCCUAGGGCCCAACUAUACAAUUUCAACCCUGAUUUGUUUUCUCAAAAUGCAAGACCUCAACGUUUAUCUGGAUUGAAAGCCAAUGCGAAUCCUCAGUCCACUUACUAAGCUAAGCAAGAUGCCCCUGUAAUUAUUCUACACUAUCUACAAUACCAACUAUUUUAUACCAUCCCUAACUUACAAACUACGUGUUGUGCAUUUACAUCCAAAUCGUUUAUGUAACUUACAAACAAAUGUCCUAGCACUAACCCCACGAGACACUGAAAUCGAACACCAUCAUUUGCUUCCAAUUAUGCUAUCUCCCACUGUGUCCUGUGCAAUCUAAGCUUCCACACAAAUAGCACCCAAGGUCAAGAUUGAACUCAGCUCUCUGGCACUGAGAGGCAGCAGCUCUACCAGCUAUGCCACUGUGUUGCCCUUAAAGUCUGCAGGGCGUAGUUCCAGAAGUCUACCACCAUCUCCAGCUGCUUGGGGUAUUCCUGUACUACAGGGAAAUGCUCAUAUCCCACGCCAGCUAAACUCUUUCAAACUUUUGCUCAUUCCCAUGAUACCCUGCUUGGUCACCAUGGCUCUGGAAUUCCACCGGCUCCCAGCUACAGUGGGAAAGGCAUGUCACCAAACUUGACAAGUCUCCAGUCAAGCAUAGUGUGAAAAAUUGCCAGUUAUCCUAACUACAAAACACUGGAAAAUCCUUUCUUGCAAAUAGUUCUCUGUCAGUCUCCUUUCAAAGCUCAGAGAAGCGGUGGGAGGAGUUGUCAACAUGCCAUCAGGCUGCAUCUAUCUUCAGUGAGAAGGGACAUAGGGGCAGAAUUAGGUCAUUCUGCUCUGCCAUUCCAUCAUGGCUGACUUAUUUUUCCUCUCAACCCCAUUCUCCUACCUCCUCCUUGUUACAUUGAUUACCUUACUAAUGAAGAACCUAUCAGCCAUUGCUUUAAAUAUACCCAAUGACUUGGUAAUGAAUUUCACAGAUUUGCCACCCUCUGGCUAAAGAAAUUCCUCAUCUUUGUUCAUCUUCUAAAGGAACAUUUUUCUAUUCUGAGGCUGCGCUCUCACUGUCCUAGACUCUCCCACUACUGGAAACAUGCUCUCCAGUCCACUAUGUAUAGGCCUUUCAGUUCUUGGUAGGUUUCAAUGAGAUUCCCCCCCUCCCACCCCUUUUGUUCUUUUAAGCUCCAGGGAGUACAGGCUCAGAACCAUCAACUGCUCCAGGGAUCAGUUUUGUAAACCACUGGACCCUCUCCAAUGCCAGCACAUACUUCCUUAAAUAUGGGGCCCAAAACUUCUCACCAUAUUCAAAAUGUGGUCUGAUUAAUGCCUUAUAAAGCCUCAACAUUGCACCCUUGCUGUUAUAAAUUUGUCCUCUCAAAAUAAAUGUUAACAUUGCAUUUGCCUUCCUUCCCUCCGACUCAUCCUACAAGUUAACCUUUAGGAAAUCCUGCACAAGUUCCUUUGCUCCUUUUAUUUUUUUUUAAUUUUCUUCCCAUUUUGAAAAUAAUCUACACAUUUAUUCCUUCUAUCAAAGUGCUUGGACCAUACACUUCCCUACACUAUGUUCCAUUUGUCACUUUGCCCAUUCUCCCAAUCUAUCUAAGUCCUUCUGCAGACUCCCUGCUUCCCGAACACUACCUGCCCCUCCACCUCUCUUUGUAUCACCCGCAGUCUUGGCCUCAAAGCCGUUAAUUCAGGUAUCCAGAUGAUUAACUUAUAAUAUGAGAAGUAGAGGACCCAGCACAGAGCCCCGUGGUACACCUCUCAUCACCAUUAGCCACUCCUUUAUUCCCACUCCUUGCUGCCUUCUGCCAACUGGCCGAUCUAUGUUAAUAUCUUUCUUCCAAUAUGCAGCUAUUUGUCAAAGGUCAUCUGAAAAUCCAAGUAUACAACAUCUGAUUCUCCUUUGUCUAUCCUGCUUGUUAUUUCCUCAAAGACUUCCAACAGGAUUGUUAGUCAACCAUUUGCCCUUGAGGGCAUCAUGCUGCCUCCAGCCUAUUUUAUCAUGUGCACCAAGUACGUAACCCAAACCUCAUCCUUAAUAAUAGACUCUAACAUCUUGCCAACCACUGAAGUCAGGCUAACUGGCCAAUAAUUUUCUGUCUUUUGUCUCCAUCUCGUCUUAAAGAAAAUCACAUUUGUGAUUUUGCAUUUCAGGAGCCAUUCCAAAGGAUUAUUGUCCAAUAGAUAUUGAGCUUCUGCAGAUAGUGCUAAGUCUACUGGAAGGAUAAGUGAACCAACAAGUGUACUGACCUUGACAUUCUUUUGUUAGUAUACAUUCUUUGGGAUAUAAAUAUCAUUGGCAACACCAUCCCUAAAUGCCCUUGAGCAAAUGGGCACUCUUAUGAACUGCUGCAGUCAUUCUGGUGAAUGUGUUCCUACAGCACUGUUGGGGAGGGAGAUCCAGGAUAUGGACUCAGAAACAGUGAAGGAACAACAAUAAAUUUCCAAGUCAAGAUGCCAGCUGACCCAGUGCCUACCUUUGGUGGCAGAGGUUCCCAGUUUGGGAAUAACUGCAGUGCAUUUUGUAGACAACCCACACUGUGUGAUGAUGGCAAUCAGGCUGAGUGAACCCGGCCUUUUCCCCUUGGAGCGACGGAGGAUGAGAGGUGACCUGAUAGAGGUGUAUAAGGUGAUGAGAGGCAUUGAUCGUGUGGAUAGUCAGAGGCGUUUUCCCAGGGCUGAAAUAGUUGUCACAAGAGGACACAGGUUUAAGGUGCUAGGGAGUAGGUACAGAGGAGAUGUCAGGAGUAAGUUUUUUACUCAGAGAGUGGUGAGUGCAUGGAAUGGGCUGCUGGCAAUGGCGGUGGAGCUAGAUAGGAUAGGGUCUUUUAAGAGACUUUUGGAUAGGUACAUGCAGCUUAGUAAAAUAGAGGGCUAUGGGUAAGCCUAGUAAUUUCUAAGGUAGGGACAUGUUCGGCACAACUUUGUGGGCAGAAGGGCCUGUAUUGUGCUGUGGGUUUUCUAUGUUUCUAUUAUAGCCAUAAGGAGCACUGAUAGGAUUAAAAUUUAUUAGGGAACAAGGAAAAAAUACCUUCUCUGGAUGGAAUUAUAAUAUGCUCUGAGGUCAGUUUGUUUCAACUUCAGGGCAUUGUCCUAGGUUCAAACAUCUUCUGUUGCUUCAUCAGUGAUUUUCCCUCUGUUUUAAUCUGCCCUCCCCACCUCCCUGAAUUAAUUCCAUGCUCCACCCUCCUUUCUUAUCCAAUUCCAUCAUCUGCAGCCCUUUCUCACUUCAACCUGUCACCUUGCAGCCUCUGUCACUGUCGUCUCUCCCGUCCUCCAUCUGCCUAUUACCCUCCUCACCUGGUUCCACAAUUACUUGCUGGCUCUUGCUCCACCCUUUCUCCCCGUCACCUUUUCUCACCUGGCUAUCUCCCUCUACCAUUCAGUCCAGAUGAAGGGUCUCAGCCUGCUAUGUUGAUUGUUCAUUUUCCUCCACGGACGUUAUCUGAUCUGCCAAGCCCCUCUAGCAUCUGCAGUCUCCCUUGCCUCCUCUCUCCCUCUGUUGUUAAAGUUGAGAAUGUUGUUCAGACUUCAGUUCUGUUUGUAGGUCCUUUGAUAAUAAGGCAGACCACAGGAACACACAGCAAGUUCUGAACAACACUCGGGUGUGCAGUAAUGUGACAAUAACUCCCACCAAGCAAAGGCCAGGCCGGAAGCAUGUCCAUCAUCAGGGACUCAAACCACUAGCCAAUAUCACUGGAGGGGCCCUACUAUCAAAGGAUCCGUGGCCAGAACCUCAGCUGAGCGAAUCAUAUUAAUACUGUGGCUACACUGAGGUCAAAGGUUAAAUAGUGAUUUACCGGCUGCCUGGCAAAAGCUUUCCCAGAUCCACGUUCGGAGAAUGGAACACCAUGCAGCUCCAACACCUGUCUGGCUCAUUUAGCACCCAUCUGUCAUCUGAAACAUUCACCCUAAUCCCCAGGUGGUACACCAGAGUCACAAUCUUGUACCCCCUGCAGCACACAUCACUCUUUUCACCAGGGCUACUGUGACAGUACCUCCCAAACAUGGAAUCUUCACCCUCUUAAAGGACAAAGGCAGUAGGAGUUGUGGGAAAGUGUCCUGCAUGUCCUUCACCAAACUGCUGCCAACCUGACGUGGAACCAUGUUGUGGUUAUUAUUCUGGAGGACCUGCAUUCCCUACUUGACAGCAGUGUGGCAGUAAUUCAAAAUGGGGCCGCAUCACCACCACCUUUAUGGCAAAUUGUUAUGGGCAAUAAAUGCCAGUCUUGCUAGUAAUGUAACACUUUAUUGAAAACAUAAGUAGUGUAGCAUGGGAAAAGGCCCUUCAUCCCUUCAUGUUGUGCUGACCACAGUGCCGAUCCCACUAAUCCCAUCCGCUGAACAUGUUUCAUACCCCUCCAUUCUUGCCUGUUUACGUUCCUGUCUAAACACCACUGUUGUUCCAGACACCCAUUAUUCUCAGUGUAAAAAAAACGCUGCCCUGCAAUUCUCCUUUUAAAUUUUCCCACUCUCACUCUCACCCUCUAGGAUUUGACAUUUCACCCUUGGAAGAAGAAUCUUUUUAACCAAACUAUGCCUAUCAUAAUUCUCUAUACUUCUUUCAGGUCAUCCUCAGCUUCUAAUGGUCCAGAGCAAACAAUCCAAAGUUGUAGAACCACAUUUUAUAGUUAGUGUACUGCAAUCUAGGUCGCAUCCUGCCGAGUCUCGUCUGCAUCCUCUCCAAAGCCUCCACAUCCUUCCUGUAAUGAGGUGACCAGAAAUUCACACGAUACACCAAAUGUGACCUAACUAAAGUGUUAUACAGCUGGAACUUGACCUCCCAACCUUAGUACUCAGUUCCCCAACUGAUGAAAGCAAGCAUGUUUUAAUUCAUUUAAAGCAUAUUUUUUAUUCAUUUCCAUGCUAUAUUUUCCUUAUGCUUCAAUUCAGACUCACCUCACUCAAUAGCUUUGUUAAAUGUUAUCUUAAAAGAACACUUAAGGUAUCUAUCACUGCUCACUGGGGAAAAAAUUAUUCACUGCAAUUACCUUGCCUUAAAGUGCCUAUAUUUGUAGCAGAUCAGGAAUUUAUUGUAGCAUCUGUGGAUGAAAUCUCUGUGUGUGUGUGUGUGUGUGUAUAUAUAUAUCACGUUGAAACCUACCAGUCUUGACUGUUUUAUUCUCUCCAGUCUGCCAUCAGAUGUACUCUGAGAGUAGACUCAAUACAUUUCAGCUGUAGUUUUAUUUCUUAGUGAUCACUUUUCUAGAUAAACAAGCAUAUGCUCAGAAUACAAUAUUUCUCUGAAAGUUCCCAACAAUAAAAAAUCAGUUGUCCCUUGGUUGUUAUGCAUUGUAUUAUUUAAAAGUCUGUUGCAUGGAAAAUUAUUGUAAAAUGUUGAAGAUUAAAUACGUG